AUGGAGGCGCCUGGGGAUCGUGUUAGCGCAAGUGUCACAAUCUCCAAAACUCUCUCGCUGAAGACUGGUGCAACGCCGACCCCUGUGGCGCAGCCCCCGCCUGUGAAUCCUGGCCGAAGCAGCGACAUCAGGGAUCCGCCCCUGUUGCCGUCCGUCUCAGGGUCUGAUGAGGAAAGGCGAGCGCAUCUCACCGCCGAGCUAGCGUUUGAACAGGCGCUCUACGGCGACAUCGUCCCUACGGGCAAUGGAGACGGAGGCCCCACGGGCAGCCACAGCACGCCGAGCUCUGGCUCCACCUCGAACACGCCAACCGCACGACCGACUGGUGAGGCAACGGGAACGAGCAGAGAAUGCCGCGAAGGCUAUGCCGCCGUUGCAACCGGCGCCGCCGCCCCUGUACCUCCGAAUCUAUCUCCACGGAUACCGGGCCACUUACUGCGGGGAGGCGGUGCGGAGCUCUUGAAAGGUGCCCCUCCGCCUGAGCAGGCUGCCAGGCGCAACGAGGACAAGAGUCGGCCGGGGCCGGUAACGUCAGCGAGAACACCACCGGUAACCUUUGCGUCUGCGGAGGCCGCCUUUGAGCGCGCGCUCUACGGUGAUGUGAUGAUGGAGCCGCUGAGCGGGAAGGCAGAUGCUCUGGUGUCCAGUGAUGCGAGCGUGCCUGAGGCAGAUAGGGAUGGUAGCGCGUCUCCUGGAGCGCCUCCCCUGCCACCGGCUCCGUCUGCGUCACUCGACACUCUUGACUCCGCGCGACGGUACCGCAAUGGUGGCGCUGCUGGUGCACUUGUGCGCAGCGCAGAUGAUGCCGCACCAGAUGGGGCGAUUGAAGGGACACCAGCAUCAGGCAUAAGCAAAGCCGACACGGAGAGCACCCCACAGGGCCGUGAGGAGGCUGGUCAGCUGGUCGGCAACGCGGCAGCCACAGAGGUAUCUGACGCAGCCGAGGCCAAGGGUGCCGAAAGCGUUGCUGUCGAGGAGUCCAUUCCUCCCCCUACCGUCUCCAUGCGGUGUGCCUUCGAUCUGGACCGUCUAGAUGCCCCGGCGGAUCAGUUUGCACUACUCGAUGUUCUGUUUCGCGUCGAAGACCACCACACAGCCGUUGUCACGCACAUCGACCCCGCAGAUCGGGUGGGGCGAUGCAUGCCGCUGCUGGACCGCAUCAGCAAGCGGGAGCUCCUUUUCGCGAGUGGGUGGAUCUUGGACUUGCAGCGGGCCGAGAACACCAACGCUGCGCCGCCCCGCACAGAGAGCGCAGCGGACUUCUCAGGAUCGGAGGUGUCGUUGCCGUUCACGCACCGAGAGGUGGUCGGACGCAGCAAGGUACUGCGCACACUCGUGUUCCGUCUGCUGCACGCGCAACACCACUGGUGGGACCAGGUCCAGGAGGUUGUAUUGCUUGCGGUGAAGAAGGCGGCGGCACUUCAGACAAGCUGCGCAGCGGUAGUAGGCGCCGCAGCCGCCGAUGACGACACCCCUCUGACGCCCUCCGACGAAGACGCUGAGAGUACAACGGAGUCAGUUGUCAUGCCUGCCAGCGGCGCAGCUGCUGUGGAUUGUCUGAUGCGACACACAACCGCGGAGGAUGUGCAGGCAGCCAUGACGCGCAUCUUCGGCACCGAUCCCCAGCAGGUGCACUUCUUCAGCGCCGCCCUGUGCGAAGCGCUCGCCAAGUUCGGCGACACCAGCGGCACCAUCGACGGCUGCGUGGAUGGGGCGUUUUCCGCCUUUGAGGGGCCGGUGGCGGCGUGGAACGCUUUUGUUCUCACACAGCGCCAUCGCACAACUGGGGUCUGCGGGCCGCACACGCGGCCAUUCAGCUUCGGCGAAGGACGGCCCACGAUCAACAUUUCAGAUCUUGCGCCGUUGCAGUACUGCGAUGGGGCCGCCUCCUGGAGCGACGUGCCAUCUCCCGAGCUGCUCCCGCGUGCCACCGCUGCACGGCACAGCGCAGACGUUCGCACAACGGAUGGUGACAGCUGGGUCGACGAGACCCACGUGGGGCGGCGGCCUACACUUUGCACGCCCUCGGUGGACGCUGCAGCUGCCGACGCCAUCACCACGUCGUGGGGUACAAUGAGUGAGGAGGAGCAGAACACGUUCCUCUUCGGGGCUGAAAGCGCGCGGCUCUCCCUGCGAGUUCGCGAGUCGGGCGGUGUUUACGCCGUGUUCGGACAGAACAACAUGCCGUUUGAGAUGGAGAGCAUGCUCGCGGAAGCCGAAGUGGCUGCGCAGCAGCGCGAGGCGCUGAGGAAGGAAGAGACGGAGGCCGACGCAGCGGACGGGGGUGGCAGCUACGUGCCGGCAGAGGCAUCGCCGCUCGAGGUGAUGCGCAAUCAGGAGGCAGCGCACGUACGUGCGUACGACGUAGACCGGGUGGUGCUCGAACUGAUGAACGCCGAGGGAGCGACCGUCGCCGGACUGCCCGGCGGCCGCUCGACCUUCCUAUCGAGCGUGGCAGCCGCGUCCGACGAGAGAAGCGGAAGCGCCUCCCGACAACAACGUGCCCGCGGACGCAUCGGUACGACCGCAUCCACCUCCACGAUGCCGUUUCAAUGGCAACUGCGGAAUAACGAGGACGUGCAACUGGCCGCGCUCUGGCAGCGUUUCGUUCGAGCAUCAACAGGCGACCUCACAGGCAACCUCGUCUACGUGCGCCGCCAUGCCAGCUCGCUCGUGCACGACGCCGUGGUCGAUAUCGCCGUGCAGAAGGCCUUCUGGCUGCUUUUCUUCGCGCGCGACGAGGUGCGCGCCGUCACCCAUCCAAAGCGCACGUACGAGACACUCUGGAACUUGCACCAUCAGCUCGUGGCACUCUUCGCAUUACCCCGCGGUGACGGGUCACCGUCCGCGCCGACGCCGCGGCGGGCCGCGCAUGGCCGCGAGGCUGCACAGGCGGCGCACCCGGCCUUUGAGGAUCUCUCGCUGCAAAGCCAGGUGAGCUACGCAUGUUUUGGUUGCACGCACGUGCCCCCGAGGCGCUGCGACUCCGCGGCGUCACCGCGGCCGAGUCCCCUGGUGACGGAGACCGCGGGAGUGGUCGACAAGCCCCACAUCCACUCUAGCGUCAGCGUGCCCUAUGCAUCGCCCACCGACCUGUAUGCUGCCCUCACCGGGACCUACCACGGGCAUGGCGUUGGGCAACUCAAAACGGGAGCGGCGUCUUCAACGUCUGCCGAAGGCGCACAGACCUCGGACAGCGAGAAGGCAAACUUUGCGACCCUCUCAGCCGUCCAGCAGCUUUCCAUCGCAUUCUGCUUCCCUCGCAACCGCGCCGAGCGAGACGAAGCGGCCCUACUCCUGCCUGCGCGUGGAAGCCCCACGGUCACGGCGGCAGUCACGACCGCCGCGCUUGAAAUAGCAGACACGGAGAGGGAUCCGCAAAGCAAGCGAGGCGAGUCUUCUCCCGAUGCCGGAUCGCACCCCGCAUCUGAAAGAGAACCACUGGAUAAUGGCGAACGUACGCAGCCGGGUCUCAACGUGAAGCAACGAGCAGCAUGUGCCAGCAAGGUCAGGAUCCACGGCGGUGCAGCCGCCGACGACGACGCGCGGAUUCGGCAGGUACACAGCGCACUCGAGGGCAGUGUGUACGAGUGCCUCCGCUCUCUCCGGGCAACCGGCGCGCUCGCGGCACCGCUCCCUUCCCGAGAGCGCCGCUGCGACAUCAUUGGUGUGGCGUUGGCGACCUUCUCCGACGAGCAGCGGCGCACGGUGUGGCGCGCCGUGCAGGACAUCACAGCCGUAAUGAUCGAGGGAGACGCUGUGGAGUCCUCGGUAGGUGCAUCGUCGUUAGCGGGGGAAGCACGGGUGCCUACCAAGGCGGAAGGCAAGCAGCAUCGCACGCCCUCUCCCAAGGCUGCAAUCGCGGAUGCGCUCGCGUCCCCGCAGCAAAGGGGCUGGGGGGAGGGGGGCUAUGGGAUCUGCAAGCUCGCAGCAAGCGUCAACGACGUCCGUGGGGCGCGACAAGCGCCACCGGGUCAGUGA